UCACGACUCACACCUCUCAUCUCUCUGCAACUCACCACUCUCACAUCUCUCUAUCUCUCCAUGGAACCCUAGAUCUAGCAACCGAUCAUUGUUUCUCCACUCUCAUCUCUCACCGAUCGUUCACUCUCUUCUCUCACGGAUUUUUGUUUUUGAGUGCAGAAUCGAUUCUUGAAGAGCGAUUGAGUUCGAUUCACUACUCACCUGUUUCAUGGCUUCACUGCUCAAAGGUUGGUUCAUUCUUCUUGCGUUACGAGCAAUGUCAGAGGCUAAAGAUGUUGUGGAUUUGAAGAAUUCCCCUGAAGGUGAAGCUAUCUCUCAUGAUUCUGGGGAUGAUCCGAAAGAAUCAGAUAAAGAUCAAAAUGAUGAAAGCCCCAUGCCCUCACCUCAGCAGGAGGAAGAAGCUGUGAUGAAGAAGUAUGGAGGGAUGUUGCCAAAGAAGCCUCCACUAAUAUCCAAGGAUCAUGAACGUGCUUAUUUUGAUUCUGCUGAUUGGACUUUAGGGAAGACUUCAGCAGUACAAGUUGGUUGAAAUGAAGCUUCUUGCUCAGCAAAGGGAUCUUCAGAAAUAUUGGAUUUAUCACUUGGGCUGUUGGAUGCUAGCAGUGCGCUGAACAAGAAGGAAUGAAAGCCAAUCCCAGUGAAUUGAGCCACUUUGUGAACUUCAUCAAAUACAAUAAACUCCAGACAAAGAACUUCUUCAUUGGGUCCAAUCAGUGUAAGCUUAAACUUAGCUGCAUUUAGUUUGCGUAAAUAAUUCCUUGCUGCUAGUUUGGGAGAAUGUGUAUUCUGGUAUUUAUGUUUUCUAAUUUCUUGUUUAUAUGCUCUCUACUAGAAGGACAUUUUCUGAAAAUUGAAGGAUAAAUAAGGCUGUUUAAUUACUUUUGUGGUGAAUUUUGUGUGUUUGAAUUAGUUUAUUUCAUGAUGUAUUCCCUAAAUUUAGGUUUUCAAACAUGUAAUAGUUUUAAAAUGUCCCUAGAAUAAAUUCUAGUAGCCAAGGGAGGUUUAAAGCCGUAAAUAAUC